CCCAAAAAGGAUAACUUAUAGAUAUAAAUUUGAACCAAUGCUUGUCCAAGUUUAUCUUUAGAAGUUAGUUUUUUAUCAUACGGAUGGCUCCUUUAGCAAUUGCAUAGUAACACUGUUUCUUUGGUUCAUUUCAGGUAGUUCUAUUUGACUGUUUCUUGUCAGUAAUACCAUUAAUUCUCACAGCCUAGUGACCAUUUAUAAACGCUAAUCCUGCCAAAAUGAUUAAUGUCAACAGUUAAAUCAUAUACCAUUCCCCACCGUGAGUCUUCACACUCUAAAUACAGAGCAAAUCUGCGAGAGAAAACAAACCAAAUUGAACCCAUUUUCUCUUUUCCUUCUCCAACUCAACCCCAAAAAAGAAAAAACGAAUUUAGAAUUCUCCAACCACCGCGACGGCCAUGGCCAUGGCCCCCCGGUGCACCUUGUCCGUGCUGCUCCCGGUUGCGCUCCUCCUCUGCGCCGCCAUCGCGUCGCCGGAUUUCCCUCUCGGCAAAAACUUCACCGUGCCUUUGUACUACCAGCAGCCGGCCGACCUCGCCGUGACGACGACCACGGUGCUCAACGCGUCGCACGGCGCGCCGCUGCGGCCUGGCGUCGCCGCCGCCAUCAGCGUCGUGGCCGGCACGGGAGGCCUGGAAGGGCUGUCCAUGUGCUCCCUCGUCGUCCUCCUGGGCAACGUCACGGUCUGGGCCUCGGACCACGACGGCGGGAGGUUCUUGGUGCGGGGCUUCUGCCGGCUCGAGCUCACGGUGGACGGCGAUCUGCGGCUGACGGACGCCGCCGGGACCGUCGGGUGGUCGUCCGCCACGGCAGGGCGACGCGCAAAGGUUCUGCGUCUGACCCGGAGUGGCAACCUCCGUCUCCUGGACGCCAAGAACCAAUAUGUAUGGCAAAGUUUCGACAAACCAGCCGACAAACUGCUACGCGGCCAGCGCAUCGGGGUGCCCUCCUACCUCACCGCGCCGGUGACAAUGAUCGGCUCCGCGUUCUUCUCCUUGGAGCUCAAAGAGCGCUCGAUCACUGCCAACUUCAACGUUGGGAUUAAGAGGUACACAUACUGGGAGCUCACUCCGCGCCAUAACCGGAGCGUGGCAUUUGCGGAGAUGGACGUGCUGGGGCUGAGGUUGCUGGACCGUCAACGGCGACCGGUCGCGCAGAUCUCGCCGGCGAUCGAGGCGCAGGUCAGCUUCUUGGCGCUCGGAGAAGACGGCAACCUGGGCAUGUACUUCUACGACAGCCAUGACAUGAAGUUCGGGCCGUCGUACGAGGCGCUCGGGUUCUGCGAGCUUCCCCUCGCCUGCGGCCUCCGCGGGGUCUGCUCCGCCGCCGGCGAAUGCGACGACUUCUCCACCUACGGUGUCCAUCCGGCGCCGGCGGCGCACCGCCACAGUGCCUGCAACGCGACCACCGUCGCCGACCGGCACUACAUGGCGGUGAUGGAAGGCGUCACCACGGCGAUCAGGCCCGCCUCGCCGCCGACGGCCAACGUGACGAUGCGGCAGUGCGCGGACUCCUGCCUGCGCGACUGCUCCUGCGCCGCCGCGCUCUACGUGCUGGCGGCCGUGGCCGACCACGGCGGCGCGUGCUCGCGCUACGAGAUGACGGCGGGGGCCCGGGAGGUGAUCGGCGGGGGCCACCGGCACAACUACCUGUACCUGGUGAAGGCUCCAAGAACGAGAGACUCUGAGCACGAGCACGGAGACGACGACGGCGCCGUGAGCCGCGUGCUCACCAGGAUCCUGAUCGGCUUCGGCACGCUCGACGUGAUUGGCCUGUGCGCACUUACAUGGCUGUGUGCGUACUACUGCAUCUAUCUCCGCGACAUCCCGGUCCUCGACGACAAGGACGACGAGGAGGCUGACGAUGAAGGAGGGGAAGCAGCCCGGCGAGGAGACGCCGUGUCGCAAAGUCCUCCUACCAACAGUGAACCUGUAAUAGAAUUGAACUGAUAAAUGAAAAAUUAAGAAAAAAGAGAGGAUAUACUUUUUCUUGGGUGAAGUGCAAUGAAGUACAUGC